CCCGAACAAGUGAGCUUAACUAACGGAUGGUACUUCUACAUACAUGUAUUUUUCUAGGUGGAGCAAUGUACCUCAAAAUAUCAUCAUCCUCAUCAUCCUCCUCUCCACGCCGCGAAGCCAGGUUGGUAAUAUUUAGACAUCAUAAAUCGGGUCAUGAUGGAUCAAACAGGCCAUUACUUCGGCCCAGUCCGACAUCUUACGGAUAGGCCGUAGAGGAUAAAUAAGACCUCAAGAGGCACCCGUCACCAUUCUGUCUCUCAUCUUACUCAAGUGCUCACUUAUCGUUCAUCGCUUUAGAUACCUACGUAUAAGCAACUUACAGAUAGAUACCAACCUUACCUAUCUCAUCUACUUGGACCCUAAACCAUACCAUAUAUAACAAUGGCUUCGGGACUCUUCAUCGACCCCUUAACGCUCCUGCGUGUUGUGCCAUUAGUCACAUCCACGGCCUCGAUCGUCAUCGCAGGCGACUCGGAUCUUUUCCUCAGCGCUCUCCUCUCGCUUAAGCAACACCGAGGCAAAGUCAACGAGAUCGCGCCGCGCUACUUCGAGGUGUUCUUCUGGAAAGGGCUGCGAUACAUCCUACUCACCUACGGCUUGUCCGCGACCUGCGGGCUGGUCAACGCCUACUCGAGAUCCCACGCCGCCGCUUCCUGGAACUGGUACGCGGCCGGGUCGGUGCUGGCCCUCGCCCACUUCGCUUUCGUGCCCAAGAUCAUGUGGAAGGUCAAGGACGCUAUCGACGCGAAGGAGGAACCUAACGGCGGAGCUGCCAAUGCCCUUCGGGGCUGGCUGGCGGUACACCAUGUGAGGACAGCGCUGGUAGAUGUUCCGUCGUGGGCGUGCUUCCUUGUUGCCACGGUGAAGGCCUUGAAAUCUAUCUAGACCGGGUUGAAAAUCCUUAAACCCCGAUGGGAAUAUUGAAGUGGAAUUAAGAGGUAGCAAGCCCUGAUUACUUACCUACCUUGUACCUUACAUAUACCUAUGGAGCCAUGAAAGUUGUAAGAUCUGGUGGCGUAUAAGUUAAUAAACGACAUAAAGCUAGUUUUGGUAUAGAUGUGUAUGAAUCUGUAUAUACUAUCCAUCUCCUAGUGAACAUUAACGCAGAAUCAGUACGAAAUGUAUAAGUAGUGUUUAAAUAGUUACUAUCUUUUCACAGGAAAAUAAGAGCUCCAAAAUACUACGAUGAGGCGGUUCGGCUUAAAGUGCUAGUUACUACCUAGGUAGUUGAGUGUAGAGACGGGGCAUUUCUCCAAUUUAUCCGUCAAUCAGGAUAAGGGAAACUUGUUAGUACCUAUACGAUCUAGUAUACGAUCUCUCCUCUAUAAAACA